GUUGCUAUAAAAAUUGUAGCAGCCGCUAAAGCGAGUUCAGUCGAGGCGAGCGCGCCCUCAAGUGACGUAGUGCCAACAUCGCGGUGGAAAACAAUGCACAUCCUCUUGCUCCUGCCACUCUUGGCGGCCUGCACGGCCAUGCCUUCCUACAUCGCAGUCCCGGCUGAUCAGAUCGCCUUCGUCGACUUGUCGGCGUUGCGCGUGCGACGGGUGCCAAGACAGACGCUCACCCCUCCCCCGCCACCCCCGCAGUUACAGCAGGCGCCGCUGUAUAGGGAGUACGCCGCUCAGCUGCAGGAGUACGCCCCGCAAGAGCAGGAAUAUCCAGUGCAGUACCAACAACAACCAAUAGCACUAGCCCCAGUACCAGAAGCCCCUGCGAGAAUAGUACAAAUCCAAGCGCCCGCGCAGAGUGAUGUAGACAGCGCGGCGUCGGCGCUGGCGGAGCGGCCUCCCGACUUCGGCGAGUACGUGGAUUUCGGCGCUCACACCGGCGACAGCGGCGCCUUCGGCUGGUACGCCGACUACCCCAUCAACGGACACGGGGACAGCUAUAGGAAGUAGCGCGGUUAUAACGUACCCGGCUGCGAGAAAUUAGUUAGGGUUUGUUGCAAAGUUAUGCUCGUUUAUUUUUGGAAGUUUAGCUCUCUAUGGGAUGACAACCAUCAAAUGCACUUUGAUUGGUUUGAUAAAUUUUUAGCAGUCAAUAAACUUAUGACUAAAUAAAACAAGUCAGAAAUGUGGUCAUUGUAAUGAACACAAAAUGACAUGAUAAAGAUGAGCCAUUUGAUAAUCAUUUAUUAAUAUCGAGGAGCUUACUCGCAGUCGGUUAUUAAAACCAAAGGCUAGCACUUGCCAAUAAAAUAAUACCCUAUUUAUUGAUUCUAAAAUUAUUAAGAUAUGAAUCACUGUUUGGAGCGUUAUCAUCGUUGCUCCUUUGAUGUGGGUAUGUUAUUUAAUUAGUAGGAGUAUUACCAAAGACAGUAUUCGAUCCAAGUGAUAUGUAGUUAGUAGAGCCGAAUUACCGCACAUUUGUUUCAAACGGUUAAUUCCGCGUUGCACAUUUUUAUAUUCAACUUUAGUUCCUCACUUAGGUUAAGUUUUUUGAAGAACACUGUGAUACGUACCAA